GGCACAACCUUUAGCUAAUUUAUUGGGUAUAUCUAAUUAAUUUCUUAUGCGAAUAGAGAUCUGCGAAGGAAGACCAUAACCCACUUCCCAGUUGUUGCUAUUCCAAUAUUUUCUUCAUCUCCAAGUGAUCUUCAUCAAAUCAAUUCCAACUAGUGAACUAGAUCCUCAUGGAUUCCCCUCAUAAACCAAAGUCUCUCUCCACCAAACUCUUUUUCCUUUUCCUUCUCUUGUCCACAAAUCUACUUACUUUGUUCCUUUCCUCCACCUUCUACUCCUCUUGCUCUCUCAACCCCCUCACCACCGCCACCACAGCUGCUGCCACUUCUAUUACCACCAUAGAUACUAGUUCUACUAACUCUGGCUCGGCUACUAAAGGAUACGAUUUUGAUUCCUCUCAAGACCUCCCAUCUGAAUUCCUGGCCUUCACUUCUGGCCAAGUUCUUCCAUUUGGUUUCAACACAAACUUUGAUUCUGACACCAUCUACCCACCAGUUGGCAAAGCUUGCACUCUCUUUCCCAAUGAACUCCACCGCUUCAUGACCUACAAGGUAAAUGGAUCCUGCCCGGAUGAUGAGCUUCUAGCACAAAAGCUGCUCCUCAAAGGCUGUGAGCCUCUCCCUCGCCGCCGCUGCCGGCCAGCUGCGCAGCCAGAUUAUGAAGAACCCUAUCCUCUGCCUACCAGCCUAUGGACCACGCCCCCAAAUUCAUCAGUCGUGUGGACUGCCUACACCUGCAAAGAUUACUCAUGUCUCAUCAACCGGUAUCGAACGCAAAAGGGCUUCGAUGAUUGCAAAGAUUGCUUUGAUCUUGAAGGCAGAGAAAAAACUCGUUGGGCUGAGAAACAGAGCAAUGGAGGAGGAGGACUUGACUUCUCUAUUGAUGAAGUAUUAGCAACGAAGAAACCUGGCACGAUCAGAAUCGGACUUGACAUUGGAGGUGGAAUAGCUACAUUCGCAGUGAGAAUGAUGGCAAGAAACAUAACAAUUGUAACAACAUCAAUGAAUUUGAAUGGUCCAUUCAAUAAUUUCAUAGCUUCAAGAGGGAUAGUGCCUCUUUAUAUAAGCAUCUCACAGAAGCUUCCAUUCUUCGAUAACACCUUGGAUAUUGUACACUCAAUGCAUGUAUUGAGCAACUGGAUUCCAACAACUUUGCUUCAUUUCUUGAUGUUUGAUAUCUAUAGGGUGCUCAGGCCUGGUGGGUUGUUUUGGCUAGAUCAUUUCUUCUGUGUGGGUGAGCAGUUGGAGGAGGUCUAUGGACCACUUAUUGAGAGCAUUGGAUUCAACAAGUUGAAGUGGGUUGUAGGGAGGAAGCUUGAUCGUGGACCAGAGCUCCAAGAGAUGUACCUCUCAGCUUUGUUGGAGAAGCCAUUGAAGAAUUCUUGGUGAUUUUUUUUUUUUUUUUUGGUUUUUGUCUUGAUUACAUAAAGUUUUAAGAGAAGCCAUUGAAGAAUUCUAGUUUUUUUUUUCUUUUUUUCU